GAAUGAAUGUAACGUUGAAAUUUCAAUGACUUUAUAAAUCAAAGAUUUCAUACUCGCUCCUUACUUUCCACAUUGAUGAAUCAAGUCAUAUCUUGUCACUGUUGUUAUAUCCAAACAAAAACUGUAAUGUGAUGUGUAUAUAGAGAAAUACGUUCUUUUAAAGUGACAAAUAUAAGUUUUUAUUAAAGUAAAACGCAGCAAAUAUUCUUACUUACAAUAUGCCUGCGUAUCAUUCAAGUUUUGUGGAACAUAAUGGAAACAUUGGUAACAUGGCACUUUUGCCAAUUAGAACACAUUUCAGGGGACCUGCACCUCCAUUUAAUGGAAAGGAUCUAGAUAUAAUUGAUGAAGCAUUGUACUUUUUCAAAGCAAAUGUAUUUUUUCGAACAUAUGAAAUUAAGAGUGAAGCUGAUAGACUUUUAAUUUACAUUACAUUAUAUAUUACUGAAUGUUUGAAAAGAUUGCAAAAAUGUGCAACUCAAGCUCAAGCAACAAAUGAGAUGUAUUCUCUUGCUAUUUCGAAGUUUGACAUUCCUGGUGAUCCUGGAUUUCCUCUGAAUUCUGUAUAUGCUAAACCAAAUAAUCCUGUAGAAGCUGAUACCAUGAGACAGUAUUUGCAACAAAUAAGGCAGGAGACAGGUGUUAGGCUUGUAGAGAAAGUAUAUGGAGAAGAUGGGAAACCAAGUAAAUGGUGGUUAUGUUUUGCCAAGAAAAAAUUCAUGGAUAAAUCCUUAUCUGGACCUGGACAAUAAAGUAUACUUUUCGAUACUGUUCCGUGGGAUACAGUGGAUGAAUACAAGAAGUUACUGUAUGAAUUUGAUAAAAUAAUGAAACUUGUGAUUCAAAAUAAAACUUACAAAAAACCAAUACACAUAAAUUGAGGAUGAUAACUGAUGAUUAUUGUGCAUCAUAUACUUACAUAUGUGAUUAAUCGAUGAAUUAAACUUAUACACGUAA